GGGUGAGAAAGAGAGGGAGAGGGGAGGGGCAGGGAGAGCGAGCGAGUGAGAGAGAGAGAGUACGAAGAGAGUAACAAGAAAUUCAUAGCAAUUAAUAAUAAAAAGAGUUGGCAGUCGUGCUUGGAAAACUGGCAUGGUUUUUGGAGGCUGGCAGUUCAAAGUUGAAACGUCAGAAAUUACUCCAAAAGACUGUUGAGAUGAUCAUUAAGGGAGACUUAGAUCGGAUGGCAGAAGAGAUCGGGCAUCCAGGUGGCGGUCUGACGACGAUGCUCCAUGCCAUGGAAGUCCCAAGUCAUGCUAGACACCUCCUCCUGCAACUCAACACCCAGCGCACCAAGGGCUUCCUGUGUGAUGUCAUCAUCGUGGUGCAGAACGCGUUGUUCCGAGCCCACAAGAACAUUCUGGCCGCCAGCAGCCUCUACCUGAAGUCCCUGGUCGUCCAUGACAACCUCAUCAACCUAGACCACGAGAUGGUGAGUCCCGGGGUGUUCCGGGUCAUUCUAGACUACAUCUACACGGGCCGCCUGACCGAAGGAGACCCCAGCUCCCCGACAGAGCCCAACCUGGGGGCCGUGCUGGCUGCAGCUAGCUAUCUGCAGCUACUGGACUUAGUGGCACUGUGUAAGAAGAAGAUGAGGAGAAAUGGGAAGUACCCUCUCCGCCCCACUCCUGCCUUUCUGCGCUAUGGGAAGAUGGUCCCCAAUAGUUUGGGUUUAGGGGGAGGGGGCAGGUAUCGGGUGUCCACCCCUGUUAUUCAGUCCUGCUACCCAGGGGGAGUUGGGAACACCAACACGCCACGUGCCCCACCACUAGAGGAGCUGCCGCUGCACCCCCAUGCCACCCAUGCAGGGGAGCUGUAUGCCCCCACCUCUUCACAGGGCCCUCAGGUGUUCCCCUCCACACCCUCAACCCUGCCUGCCCAGCCCAGCCUGCGUCCAGCUCACUCUGACAGGAACUGCUCCCCCAUCUAUGGCCUGGACCUCUCCAAGAAGAGUCCCAACUCCCAGUCCCAGAACACGCCCUCCCACCCCCACCUGGCUCAUGCCCUGCCCCACAACGAUGAGGAUCGGGAGGGGGGGCUGAGCGGCCGCACUAGCCCCAUGCUGGGGGCCAACGGCGGGGCCUACCCCACAGAAAAGAUGGAAACGGCUGAUCAGGCUGGGUCUCUCCCACUUCACUCCUACCCUCACCUCAACCAGCCCCUUGGGCCCCACCUGCCCCGCCUCCACCGCUCCAGCUCCCAAGGUCCAGAGCACUACCCCUGCCCCCCCAGCCCCGACACCCCCACCGAGGCUGGAGAGCCCAGCAGGGAGGUGGGCAACAUCUACCGCUGGGUGAAGCAUGAGCCACUGUCAUACACAGCAGAGGAUGAAGAGGAUGACGAGGAUGAGGAGGAAGGGCGUCGAAACGGAGACCAAGACCAUCAGCAUCACAACCACCAUCAUAAGGCAGGGGAGGAGAGCGAUGAUCGCUACCGUAGGGUGGGCUGUGAUGGGGAGGAUGAGAAGAGUGGCUCAGGCAGUGAGGAGACAGGCAGUAGUGAGGGUCGACCAUCACCCACAGGGGCCAUGGGGAGGUUCCACCUACCCUACGAGCCUGAGAGCUUUGGGGACAACCUGUAUGUGUGCAUACCCUGUGACAAGGGCUUCCCCAGCUCUGAGCAGCUCAACGCCCACGUGGAGACCCACACAGAGGAGGAGCUGUACUCUGGAGGGGAGAUGGGUAGCAGCAACAGCAACCCCAAAAACAACAGCAGCAACAGCAACGGUAACGGCAGCCUGUCCUACCUGGAGGGGAAGUCCAGCCAGAGCCUGACGCCUGGGGUCCUGGGGGAGAUCAUCAGACCCUAUCGCUGUAACUCCUGUGAGAAGUCCUACAAGGACCCGGCCACGCUGCGCCAGCACGAGAAGACCCACUGGCUGACAAGGCCCUACCCCUGCAGCAUCUGUGGCAAGAAGUUCACCCAGCGCGGCACCAUGACCCGCCACAUGCGCAGCCACCUGGGACUCAAGCCCUUUGCCUGUGACCACUGCGGCAUGCGCUUCACCCGCCAGUACCGCCUCACAGAGCACAUGCGCAUCCACUCCGGGGAGAAGCCCUAUGAGUGUCAGGUGUGCGGGGGGAAGUUCGCCCAGCAGCGCAACCUCAUCAGCCACAUGAAGAUGCACAGCAGUGGGGGGGCCGGAGGGGCUCUGACGGCCGACGGCAAGCUUAAGCUAGACUUUGCGGAAGGGAUCUACCCCCUGAGUAAAUACGCAGCAGAGCACCUGGGGCUGAAGCAGGACAAGGCCUCAGAGCUGCUGGCAGAGCAUGCCAUGGAGAGCCUGUUCCCGCUGUCCAAACUGGCAGCAGAACACCUGCGCCUCAACCACCAUGACAAGAUGGAUGUCCUGGGGGUCCAGGUCCUGCCUCCUCCCCCAGGGUCCCUCUCUGACUCCCACUCCCGUAUCAUUGACCGCUACUCCCCCAGCUAAGAUGGCCUUGGCAACCACACAGUCCUGUGGGCACACAACUUAACUUACAGUAUUCUAACGUCAUUCACCUCAACUCCAUCAGUAUCUGCACCUCAGACUAAGGCCAAUACCUGGCCUAAAGAAUGCACACACACUGUGUAGGUUUAGGGUUUAGGGGGAGGGGGCAGGUAUCGAUAAGUGCCUUUCUUUCCAAAGUUUGCAUUAUAUGCAUUUCAAAGACCUUCCUAGAAGAACUGUGCUAUUUCUAUUAUAUUUUGACCAAGGAAUACCCACUCAAAGCAGUGUAGUAUCUAUACGUAAACAAGUUUUUUUUUAAUUAAACCACCGAGCCAAAAACAAAUUGAGAACCAAAAAGCAAUUGUUUUUAUUUAUUUUUUUGUGCAUAAUGAAAAACCAAAGAAACUGUUGCAAGAAAGUGUUGCAAGCAGACCCUAAACCUGUGUACUAAAUGUACUAUUACUGUUAUAAAUGUAUAUAAAAUGGAAAAAAGCACAUAUGGACAUGAUUCAGGGCUCCUGUUCAGAACUGAAAGGACACAAAAGAAAAAGCCAAACCUUUGGGAUUUGCAAGUGAUUGGAACACUUAGUUUAGUUUUUGGGGUACUGGAUUUUCUCUGUAUCUUCCUAUUCAGUUUUACCCCAUGCUCCAGCUUUUCUAGUCAUGAGGGAGUGAAUAACGGAAAACAGCAUUCGCUCUGCCAUUUAAGUCAAGUGAUCUAUGCUUUGUUUUUCUACCGUUGUUACGUACUUCAUGAUGUUGUGUACAGAGAGACUCAUAUUAAAUAAUAGUAGCUUACUGACUCUAAAACCCAGUGCCAUAACCCUUUGAACCCAUAACCUCUCUUUUGACUUGCAUCCCAGUGCCUUCAAACUGUUAUUGAAAAGUAGCGAGGAGCACAACCCUGUGAUCUCACAACUGGGACUCAUCAUGGUGCAUACCCAACUGAUUACACGCCAAUCCUUCUCCAUGGCUUCAACAUCCAGUGGUGUGGAGUGUAGACUAAGCAUGGGUGUUGCCUGUGACAUUGUGUAAUAUUUACAAUGGUGGGUGCAACUGUACAACUCACCAGAGGAGAGCACAGAGAGGCCAUCCAAGUCAGUGCCGAGAGGCUAGAGUCAAUUACCACCAAUCAGUCACUAUCAAUAGCAGCAAUUCCCUCUAACACAGAUGAAGAAUCAGGACUGACAAUUGUCCCAUACUGCAGAUAAAUAGUACUAACCACUUUAAAAACCUUUUGACCACCCCCCCAUGUAGUCUCAACUCUUGUCUGAGAGACAGAGGGCCGUGCUAUCAUUGACAGGCCAAAGUGACUUCUCCGCUGCUGCCUUAAUACACACACGUUUACCCACACAGGGACUGGGAGCUGCUAAUGUGACAGCGUUGUGAACAUGAGAGCUGGGCGCUAGCUGCCUCUGACAGUGCUCUGCUCGUGGUGCGGCAGCAGGCCGGGCCGUCGGUGUGGGUGAACAGCACAGCUCACCCCAGCUGCUGGCCUCCCAGUCUUCCAGUAAUCCCUGUGAAAUCUCACAUUCUCCCUGACAAUUCACACUGUCUGUCGGCCUGACGCCCCAUUUCAUGCCUGCCAUCCAGCCCCUCUGAUCCACACCAAAACAAGACAUCCGAGCACUGCCGAGCCGAGUCCUACCAUCUGCCCUUCCCUGCCUCUCUGCUAGCAGGCUAUCAAACAUGGCACAAUACAGUACAGUAGCACGCCUCAAUAUCAACUGACCAGUUCCUUUAGAAAACAAUGAGCACUUAUGGGUUUGGGGGUUGAGGGCACUUAUUGUUUUGCAAUUAAAAAAUAUAUAAUAUUUCAAGGAGCAUGCUGGCUUUUUCUUUUUCUACGUUGUCGGACCUUGUGUCAGAUUGGAGUUUGUUGACCACUAUAGUGCCAAUGCCAACCUCAGUAGGUUAAUGUGAAGACUAAAGCCAUGAAUGCACUGUGAUAGACUUAGUGAAUCUUAAACCUUAGCUUGGAGACUGAGACAGUAAGCCCUAGUAUUGUAGGAUUGUAUUAAUGUACAACAUUAAUUGAAGGGCUUUAUUCUGUAGCGUAAUGAGCAUAUCAAGGUGUGUUUUUCUGUCCCAUAUUUUCUUUCUCUUUCUUUAGAUUUUGAACCAAAGCAAAGUGAAACUGGUGCUCACCUCAGGACUGAACCCAGCAUGGGGACGCAACACUUUAGCUACACAGCAAUCAACCAACCAAACACACACGUACACACUUAGAAGAAGCAGAUACAGACAUCUACACACAUUUUAUUUUGACAUUUUUUAUUUUGAGGGGACAAUAGUCCUGUGUUAAACUUGUGGUUAUUUCAUGGUUAUGAGAUGUUUUACUUGUCUUACAAUUUUGUUGAUAACAUGUGAUAUUAACAUUUUCUGCUUUUAUCUUAAUAUUUUGUGUAAAUGUUCCUUUUUUACUGCCCUCAAAGAGGCUUUGUGUGGUUCAGGCCAAUGACAUUAUCUUAAUAAGGAAAAGUCAAGCUGGUGAUCUUCUUUAAUUCAACAGAAUAUACAAAUGUACAUGUUGACAGGGCUUGUAAGACAAGACGUAAGGCAAUACCUCUGGUUCCAAAGAAACAUAUAAACACUAUGUGAAUUAGGUCUUUUAUUUUUCACCCGAAGCCUUAAUGUUUAGUGACGUGUUUGGUUGCACACGAGGAGUGAUGUAUUUCUCAAUAUUUCCCUAAACAGAUAAACAGUGGCUGGGCUGUGAGUGGGUGAAAGCUAUAGCCUGAAGAUGUUUGACCCAUUUCUCUGGAGGGGGUUUGUGAGCUGAUGAUGAUGAUACUCAGACUACGGCUGUGUGUGUAUUCAUACACAAACACACUUUAAGCUAGCUUGUUUCCAGCCUACGUGGAACACAAAAAUCCACACUUGUCUCCAAAGUUAAUUUAGAAAAAUAGUCUCCAGCUGUUUUGUUAUAACAAAAUAAACUAGUUUAAAUGACA